CUGUUUCGUCUUCCCUCCUGUCCUCCUCUGUUUGCAAACUUCUUGAAUGGAGAUAUCCACCUUCGCUCUCUCCUUUCUCCCCCGAAUUCCUCUCUUUCAAUGUCGAUUUUAGUGAAAUAAGAACCAUGCUUGAUUCUGAUUCCUUAUUAUUUUGAUAGAAACAGUGAAAACAGAGGAUGGAACAGAGAGCUGACGACCCAACUGCGGAUGAAAUUGAAGUCACCAAAAUCCUGGUGGAGUUGCCCGACCUAAUCCUUGAAUCUGACUCUCGCCCUCGGUUUCCCUUCUCCUGGGGUGUCAGGAAGAAGAGAUCUGUCCCCGGAAACGACUACACCCAAAUCCCAUCUUUGCCUCCGGCGAACCCAUCACCGCCGACCCCAGCAGCAGAAGCAGCGUCGCCGUCCCUUCCAGGGACUGUUCUUGUGGCGGCUCCUACAAAAAAGGUGGACGCUUCCAGUCCCGCCACGCCUCUCUCGUUCUCGCCUAGUGAAUCCGAAGAGAAGCGUAAACCCCCCAAGAAAAACUACUCCUUAAAAAGGCGGAGAGAUCAACAGUUAGAGUUGAUAGAAGAGUUAACUCAGCGGAAAGAAUUGCUCCAAAAGGAAGUUGAGAAUGUGAGGAGUUACCAUAACAAGCUCAAAGCCUAUAAUCUAGCAUUGAAAUCGAGGAAGCAACAGUACAUAAGCUCCGCCUCCGGCGUAUGGCGUGCGGAAACACAAAUCGGCCAACCCUCCGCCAAUCACCACCGUCAGCAGCCUCCUCCCCUUUUCUACCAGCAACCGUUCAUCUUUAAUCAGACGGUGCAGAUGGCUCAGAUAUCAGAAACAAGUGAUAAUAAGAAUAAUUCUCAGCUCCGAUACGGGCAGAGUUCCUCCUGCUUAUUGGAAGGGGUGAGAGAUAAGGUGGGCCCAAUUGUGAUACCAGAUCUUAACCUCUCUCUCGAGGAGGAAACUGGAUUGGAGUAUUGUGAGCCAAUUGAUCUGAACAGGGCCAGAGCUGCGCAGGCAAGACUGAAGAGGAUGCAGAUCUGCAAGAUGAAGAACUCAAGUCCUUCCUGUAAGCCACGUGUCAAUAACAGAUGAUUCUUUUUACGGCUUAUUUGGAUUUUUCCUUUUUUUUUUUUUUUUACGGAUGCUGACGGUAGUAAUAUCCUGUAAUUUCGGAAGGAGUAUCUAUUAUGUAAAUGGAGAAGAUUUAGGAGAUUUAUUAGGAUAUUUUUGAACUUUUA